AUGCUUGCUCGGCUUGUCGUGCUCCUCUUCGGCGUUGUAGCCGCAUCGUCAUCGACCGCCGUCUCCAUCGAUGCGCUCGAUGGUUUUGGCCAGCCUGUCGACUGGUGGGCGAUUCUCAAGCUGCCGUCGCAGGUCAAGAACGCGGCCGGCAAGCUCGUGCCGACAUGCGACUGCGCCGCGCCAUCGUGCACGGGCGACAAGUCGCGCGGGUCUGGCCUCUGCUACCUCUACGCCGACGCCAAGCACCCGACGUUCCGGUACUUCAAGGACCUUGGCUACGACUGCCUCGGCCAAGGCGGCAAUGACCCGCUGAGCCAGACGCUCAAGCAAAAGGCGGCGUCGCCGUACUGGGCGUACUACAACGACCAGUUUUACGCCAUCGCGCAGGGCGAGAGCACCGCGCGGCAGUGCUCAGGCACGAACGCCUUUAACGCACACGCCAAAGGCUUCUUGGCGUUUGACGCAAACACGGGCGGCGUCGCGCUGCAGGCGUCGAUUCCCAACUACCCAGAUCCGAGUAGUGACGACUCGGGCUUUGUGCCGCUCGGCUGCCAAGGCGAGGACAACGUCCAGUACGCCCAGCACCUCUUUGCCAUGUCGCUUCCCGCGACGAGCAUGGACGCGCUGGGUCGCGGCCUCCAGGUCGCACGCGUUUGCUCGGCCAACUUUUACAAGGCGGACGCAGAGAUCAUGACGAGUGCGUCGUUGCGGGCAGCGGGCGUCCCGUCGUCGCUGCAGUCGAUGGCCGAUGCACUCACCAAGCCGCGGCUGCCCAAGACGCCAUCGACGACGCUGGUGCUCCAGACCAAGGCACAGAUGGCGAUCACGUCUGUCUUCAAGGCCGGCGUCGAUGCGCUCCCGCCGUGGGCCCUCGUCGCGCAGUCGCUCGACACGGACGUGAGCGCAGCGACGUGGUGGGACGGCGCCAGCGGCAUCCCGACGCUCUGUGCGGGCGACGUCUACGCCUCGGCGUCGCACGCUUUCUGCAUCGGCCGCCCACUCAACCUCACAGCCGACGGCACGUUUGCCUUCAAUGUCGAGAACCUCGUCGCAGCCACGUUUCCGCUGCCACAAAUGGGCCAAGUGUCGUGGUCCCUUCUCGGCGGCGUCGGCGCCGGCGGCAACCAUGCCAAGUGGGGUCUCUCGACGCCGCGGAAGACGGGGACGAGAUCACUCUCGGUCUUUGGCGACCUCAACAUGGAGGGCUUCCCGUGCUCGACCAACUGCGCGGGCUCCCAGGGCGGGCGCGGCGGCUCCUUCCACGCGCUCAACGUCCCCGCGCUUCACGAGAGCUUGGCGAGCCUCGUGUCGUCCGUUUGCUCGUGCGAGAUGGCGUCCAACAGCACCGGCUACGUCCAGGCGCGGAUGUGCAAUGCUGGCUGCUACAAGCGCAUGGGCUCGACGUUUCGCGAAGAAGAGCUGCCGACGCUCACAACGAGCAUGAGCUACUGGAGCAAGAACGCAGCACUCGCCCGCAACCACUCCAAAAACACAUGA